CCGAGUCGUUACCACGCGUCGGCGCCUUGUCCGUUUUCUUUACACUUAAUCCACAUCAAAAACAAAGAGACUCUCUGCCACACAUUGUUUUUAACGAUUUAUAUCAUAUUGUCAGAGUAUUUACGAGUGCGUGAGUGUUGAAAAAUUUAUUGGAGUAAUAACUAGUGGUUUAAAGAGUAUUCGGAGAGUGUAAUGGUGAUUUGAAAAUCGUAAACAUUGGAUGAUUGGAGGAAGAGCGGGAAUAAAGAGAGUUGUCGCAGGCUUCAAGGCCGGUUCGGCGCCACAAAGCCGCAAGGUAGCGCAGUCACUCGUUCGACGUCGCGUCGAGUGGUUCGUGUUUUGUUUUGACGUUGGCUACAUAAAUUUCAAAAUAGUGAAUUCCGGGAAUUGAACAAAGGGUAGAAAAAUCAUUGAUACCGAAUAGCUUCAGUGAAGUUCAGUGUGAAUUUUAAGUGCGUUGGUAAUUAUUAUUUUUCGUUGACUGUGACAUUUAUUGAGUGUUAUAAUGUGCUCGAAGCUGUCACUUGUGGCAGUCGCCGUGGUGGUGGUGUUUGCUGUCGUCUGGAAUGCUGAGGCUCAGUCAAAAUCGACGGUGCUGGACAGGAUGCAGGAGGACACGGAUUUAUCAGAGUUUUUCCAUCUGCUCCAGAGUAACGAAGCAGCAAAAAGUACAAUUGAGCAUCGAGGGGUCACGGUAUUUGCUCCGACGAAUCGUGCAUUCCAGAAAUAUGCUGUCACCAACGGGGACGUCGUCCUCUACCACAUGUCGAAUACGGCGACAGCUACUUGGGACCUGCAAGACUCGAUUUCAUCGGAGCUGGAUGGUAAUCCUCCCCUGUGGGUCACUCGAGUGCAUGUCAAUAGACAGGAGGAAAUUUAUAUCAACAAUGCCAAGAUACUCAAUGGAAGCAAUUAUCGACCGAUGAGGACCGCUGGUUUCGAGGGAAAGAAUCAGUAUCUGCACCGGAUAUCUCAAGUAUUGGAGCCACUGCAGCCAAACUCCCGUGACAGACCUGUCAACAAUCCAAAUGCUUUCGAGUUUCUAAACCAGAGUGAGAAUCUUCAGCUUGGCAAAUUCAGACUUCGAACGUUCCGUGAGCGAGUUGUUUAUGAGGGAAAGCAGCACGUAUUCAGCGCUGAUGGUCGCUAUACAUUCUUCGUUCCUGAUGAGGAGGGAUUCAAGCCGUCAAUGCGACCAGUUAAAAUAGACAAACAGGUGAUUGAUGGUCACGUAAUACCGAAUCACGUUCUAUUCACCGAUCCGACACCCGACGGAAUGACCUACGACACCCUGGCCCACAACGAUAACUGCAGGGUCCAGCUGAGCUUCGUCAAGGAUAACAGAGGAAAGGUUUACGUAAAAUCCAACACGUUAACUGGUGAUGCCAAGCAUCCAACAGGAGUGGUUCUUGCUGAGAUAGUAAAACCGAAUAUAGCUGUGAAAAAUGGAGUCGUCCAUUUGAUCCAGAGACCCCUGAUGGUAGUGGACGCCACAGUGCAGCAGUUUCUCGAGUCCUUUAAGAGCCUCGAGAAGGAGGAUGGACCUGUUCACAAGUUCUACCAGAACAUCAGAGAUUAUGGGGGUGACUUCAUGGAGGAGAUAACCAGAGUUCAAGACAUCACGCUCUUUGCUCCAAGCAAUGCAGCAUGGGAACUGCUUGGAGACCAGGGAAUCCUCCAGGACAAGAAGCGUUUCAGACAAAUCCUCAAGCUGCACUACGUCCGAGAAAAACUGCCUCUCGAGGAGAUCAAGAAGAAGAGCGUCAGUGCGGUGCUGCCGAAAGGAAGGGGACUGCAAGUUAAUGCGGUUCGGACAGCGGCGGAUCGUCGGGACCUCUUCUUCAACGUUGCGGACGGUUUUGACGGGAAAAAAGUGGUGACAGUUGAGGGUGGCGGUGUAAAUGCCACAAUCCUAACAGCCAACAUUGCAGCAACCAAUGGUAUCAUUCACAUCAUCGAUCGAGUCCUCGGUGUUCCUUACACAACUGUUUUGGAGAAGCUCAAGACCGACCCAAUGCUCAACCAAACUUACAUCCUUGGCAAGCGGAGGAAUUUCAACGACCAGUUGGGAGACACUAGUAAACGUUUUACGUAUUUUGUGCCCUACGACAGGGCCUGGGAGGAAGCCAAAGUCGUCACUCCCACUGCCUAUACUAAACUCUUCCUGGCUAAUUACGACUAUCACGCUAAACAAGUCCUCGAGCGACACCUGGUCUCAGCAAACAGUCCGUGGACGAUGGGAGCCCUGAAGAAUGCCACGAGCAAUGGCAGUAUCGAGCUCAAAGCCCAGAGAGAUAUCCUGAAAAUCCGUAUCAGGGAAGAGAAUGGCCGGUAUCAGAUUCAGUGGAGUGGCAAGCAAAAAUGGAUCAACGUAAUUCGUCCAGAUGUAGCAUGCACAAAUGGAAUAAUCCACGUGAUCGACGAUGCUUUCCUCCUGGAGAGUGAUAUAACAGUGACGGAUGACAGGGACGCAGCAUCCCUGGCUAGUCUAGCUCCACAUCUCUUCAUGAUUCUGAUCGCCAAAUGGCUCUUGUAAAGACAAUCACUCGAGGCUUAAGAGACGAAAAUUAUUAAAAAUUUAGGUGCAUCUAAUGCGAAUGGACUUGUUUGACAGCACCUGACGACUGGUGAACAAACAACCUCCAUGGGACUUGCACGUCCAUUAAUUAAAUAAUUGAAUUAAAUGUAGUUUAUUAUUUAUUCUCAACAGGAGUAUUUCAGAUGCACGCAUGAGAAAAUUGGUGACAAAUUGAUUUCAAAUUUUUCUACGUAAUUUUGUUUUUUUUUUGUACGUGGAAAAAGAGCAUGGACAGGUCAGUGAGGAUGAUUUUACGGGUUAGAUCGUUAAUCGUACCAAAUAACGAAUUACCAAGUACCAAGUAAAGUAACAGUUGACUUGAUAUCUUAUUCCUCAGUAAAAUUCAAAACCAAAUGAGACGAUUUCGUCGUGUGAUUAGUCAUGAUCUGUUGACAUUCAUUGAUUCAUUAUAAAUACUCUCCCAAGUAUCUCCAAAGUUGAUGUAUUUAGUUGGUAAUAAAUUAUUCGACAGAUGUGACUGAUGAUGAUGAUCAUUAAUGAACAGACGAGAUGCGAAUGAUUCCGUGUUAUGUAUAAUAAUAAAUCUAAAUAUAGUGUCUAUCAUACUUAUCAAUUAACGAACUGCCAGGCAAAUUAAAUGAAUGCAUUUGUGCUUGGAUUGUUUGAUACAAUUUUUUGUACAAUUUCGAUUAUUCUCAUUCAUUUUUAAUGCUUCGUUGGGUGAAAAUGUGUUCCAAGUUAACGAUUGUAUCGACGUUAUCCUUUAUUCAUUGCCAUGAUCAAUAUUUCAUCGAGAGAAUAAAAUCACAAUUGCUGGAAGAGCAAGAUAAAUGAAAAAAUCUUUUCCUAUAGUGAAAUUUAAAUAAUAAAUACGUGUUAAUAUCAUUCGAUCGAUGUGUAAUAUCCAUAAAUGAAUGGAGUAAAGAUGCGUCGAGAUAUAUGAGCAAAUACGGAGAUAAACAGCCGAAGAGGAUCAUCAAAGAGAUCAAAUCGUGAAAACUCAAAAUAGAUAAUUGAAUAAACUGAAUAUAACUCCCCAAAAUUUAUAAACAGAUAUAAAUUGACAAGAGAUUAAUCUAUCUAACGAUAAACUUACACUUGUUGGAAUUAAUGAUAUUAUAAUAUUACUAUUAAACUAUUGAAUAUAUAAAUAGACUUUAAAUCACACUGUUUGUUCGAAAAAGAAAUAGAUAAUGAAAAUGAAAAAAACUAGAUCUCUAUCUCUCUGUAUAGGUAAAUACGUGUUUUACUGUUCAGCUCGUCUUGUUCGUUAGAAGUAUCUCACAGUUAAUGAGCAAGUGUAAAAAAAUUUAAUCAUCAUAAGGCAGGAUUAAGUGAAAACAUCAAACUCUCUCAUUUUUGUUUGUGAAAAGUAAGGUUGGUCGUCAUAUUCGAUAAAAUUUUCUCUUUUUUUAUUGAUAAUACAACGCGAACACCACAACAUCAAUUUUUUAUCACUUAAAAAAAUCGAAUGCAAAUCAACUUGAAGAAAGAGGAAAUCAAAAAUUUUGCAUUACAUCCUCUAAAACGCAGAAUUUAUAAAUUCUCUCACACAAAUUAAUCAUUGCAAUUAACAUGAUUAUUCACCCACUCGUUGUGCUUGCGCAUAGAAAUGUCAAAGUUUCAAGUAAAAAAUUCAAGAAAUACAUGAUUGGCAGUGUCGCUUAUUGCCCUGUCGAUUGCUCGCUAUUUCCGAGUCCUCAUGCAGUACUGACGUUUAAUAAACAACCUCUCAAGGAAUAACAGCGUCCUGUAAAAACAAUUGUUAAUCAUCUCGGAGCUGAAUUGCAAAUUCCCCGAACGUCACUCCACCCUUACACGAUACUCGAGUUAUCGAUGGGGGCAUUUUCCCUCACAAUCAUAAACACUAGGUAAAUAUUGAACCUCUCACUCCAUCUAUUCGUCUCAUAAAACCAAAUAAUGUCAAUAAGUCAUCUGCACUCAAAUCGAAAAUUUAUUCAAAGAAAAUUCUCAUAUGCACUAGAGAAUAUUUAAUAGAGAGAAUCUAGAUAAUUGCAAAACUCGACAAUUUUUUGCGGUGAAUACGAAAAAAAUAUUACGAGAAAUAAAAAUAUUAAUGAAUUAAGUUUCCCAAGAAGCCGAUGUGAAGUCUUUUCAUACAUUUUUUCAACGAAAACCAGUUUUGAAAAUUAUUGUGUGAAUGUUACUAUCAAUUAUGUAAUCACAUAAGUCCAUUUUGCUAAUUAAUGAUAAUGAGAAAGAAUUAGGAGCGAUUGUCAAUUGAGUUUUCCAUCAUUUUGUCUACCAAUGCAGAAUUUUUAAACAAUCGGGGAUAACAUUUUUGUACACUCACCGAAUGGGAGUUGAUGAGUCUAGAGUUAAUAAAUUGAAAUACCAAGACUUAUUCGAUGGUAAUCUCUAGCUAUAUCAUUUAAUACAUUACGAGUCAGUUCGGAUCAUUGAGAAACGAAACGGAGGUUUGUGAACUACUUAGUGCCGAUGCGAGUUUAAAUUGCACUGGGAAUUCAUUUAUUGAUGAAGAGAAUCGAUGCGAGCGAUAUGGAGAUAAGUUUAUUUAUAAGAUUUAAUUUAUUUGCCUAUGGAUAUAUAUAUGAAGGAGUUUUAUAUAUUUAUGCUGGUGAAAAUUAUCAACAGCGAAUUAGAAUAACGGGAUAAGUCAAAUUUUUGAUAAUUGAGAAUAAAAGUUGAAUUGAAAUAGUCAUUUUACUUCGCUACUGGAAUUUUCACUGACAGUACUAUCUGUAUAAAUGGCUUUUUCAUUUUAUUGUGAACAAAAGCCAUAUUAUAUUACUUGAUAUUUAUAUUAAUUACGCCAUUAUAUCGAGUCGAUCUAGCAUUUAUAAGUGCAUUUUAUUACAUUAUAUUUCUCAUCGAUGAAAAAGUCCGUCGAUGGAUAUUUUUUUUAGAAUUAAAUAAUAAGUUAUGGAUAAUUAACGAAUUCAAGGGAAAGCUGUUGAUUUGAUCUUUCAAUUAAAAAUAUUAUUCACUCCAGAAAGAUUAAUCAACAGGAUAAAACGCCUCAUAGAGUAUAAAUACGAGUGGAUCGUGGGCCUGUGUCGGACUCAUGAUGAGAACCAAAGAAAUGCGUCGAUAAUAUUUCUUUUCUAUUUAAUUCAACAUAAGCCAAUGAAAAAUAAUUCGACGUGCUUCUCCAGAUUAUUUGAACGUCAAAGAAAAACCUUUAUGUGCUCUCUGUAAACACUGAAGCUUUUGCUGUAUGAUUUUAUGACAAAUAAAGUACACAUAUGAGAGAUUUA